AUGGGCGAUGAGUUUCGAUGUAUUGGGUGUAUCCGUUUUUAUAGAAGCUUUAAUUUUCGUUCUUAUCGUAAUUGUUGGUUUAGUUUAUGCAUGGUGAAAAGGAGCGUUGGAAUGGUCUUAGCUCCUGAAUAUUCAGACAAUAAAAAGAAAAAAGAAGAAAAAAAUGACAUUGAGAUAGUUAUGAAUUCCAUUGAGUUUCCGGUACUUGAUCAAACAACCCAAAAUUCAGUUAUUUCAACUACAUCAAAUGAUCUUUCAAAUUGGUCAAGACUCUCCGGUUUAUGGCCACUUCUUUGUGGUACCAGUUGUUGCUUUGUUGAAUUUGCUUCAUUAAUAGGCUCGCGCUUCGACUUUGAUCGUUAUGGCUUGGUACCAAGAUCGAGUCCUAGGCAAGCGGACUUAAUUUUAACAGCCGGCACAGUAACAAUGAAAAUGGCUCUAUCUUUAGUAAGAUUAUAUGAGCAAAUGCAUGAACCAAAAUAUGUAAUUUCUAUGGGAGCCUCCACUAUUACAGGAGGGAUGUUCAGUACUGAUUCUUAUAGUACUGUUCGAGGAGUUGAUAAGCUAAUUCCUGUGGAUGUUUAUUUGCCGGGUUGCCCUCCUAAACCGGAGGCAGUUAUCGAUGCUAUAACAAAACUUCGUAAGAAGGUAUCUCGAGAAAUCUACGAAGAUAGAUUUGGGUCUCAACAGAAUAAUCGAUGUUUUACUACCACUCACAAGUUUUAUGUUGGACGUAGCACGCAUACUGGAAAUUAUGAUCAAGGAUUACUCUAUCAAUCGCGAUCUACUUCAGAGAUACCUUAUGAAGCAUUUUUCAAAUACCAAAGUUCAGUAUCUUCCCACGAAUUAGUAAAUUAUGGAGGCUUUUUUUAUUUUGUGCAGAAGAAUAGCAAAUGCCUUCACUUCAAUUUUCAAAAAUUUCGUCGUAAACGUGAACUACUUAUACAAAUGAAAAUCCGGGAGAGAUUAAAAAAAUGCAGGGUUGUUUGUCUGCUUGGCUAG